GUAACCCCUUACCCUAAAAUAAAAACCUUCUACAUCAGAUUUAGCCCUCCGCCUUUUUUUUAUGUUAGUUCGCCCAUAAAUUUGUUUCAUGUUUAUUGACUGCAGUUAGCUUGUGUUGAGAAAGAGAGCACCUUGUUCGUUUUGAAAUUUCAAUGGAAGUAGAAAGUGGGGAGCAGCAAAUUCGGGUGCCGAUGUUAGAAGAUUGCUUGAAGUUGCUUAGAGGAGAGACCGACGAGAAACGUCUCGCCGGCCUUCUCUUGGUUACCCGGUGUUGCGACAAGGAUGACCAUGAUUCUAUUCUCAAGGUCUAUCAUGCUAUCGGUGUUCGAUUCCUCAACCGACUUUUACACACUGGUGUGGGUAAAGGUAAGAUAGCUGGUAGCGGCAGUGACAAUCGUGAUGCAUAUCUGCACCUAUGCAUCACAGUUCUAGCAGCAUUUUGUCGUGUCCCAGAAAUAGCGGCAUCUGCAGAUAUGGUACCAAAGAUUCCUCUAGUCCUGGAAAUCAUGGAGAAAGAAUCAUCUUCUUCUUUUUUGGAAGAAUGCUAUGAGAUAUUAUUUCUCACUUCAUCAGCUUCUGAAAAUGGAGUUGCUACAUUAUUCGAGUCUGGAGGCCUGAGGUUGAUAGCUACUCAAUUGUCUUCGCUUCAAGAUGGCUCUCAGGUCUUGCAGCUUUCCUUAAGGCUUGUACAACUCAUCUGUAGUCAAAUCUCUGUGGAUGCCAUUAUAAGCAGACAUUUGUCCGAGCUGUCAACCAUGGUUGUUUCCAUAGCUAGGCAGUUUGCUCUAUUGCAGAAUGCUCUGAAAUUUGAAUUGCUCCAGCUGCUUUGUGUUGUCCUUUCGUCAGAUCAUGCGGUACCUUUGAAAAAUGCACUCCGAGUAGUGUCGAAUAAUAAAUGGUCUGCUUAUGUGCGUGCUGGCGUGAUAGAUAUUUUACAGAAUCGUGUCGCUUCUGAGCACAAGAUUCAGGCUCUUACUGUGGCUGAGGCAAUGUUAACUGUGCUGGGAGAAGGGUGGCUGAUUGGUCAGUUGGAUGUCCCAGAUCUGACCAAGUCCUUUCCACCUGACAGGUGCUUAUUACUUGUUCUUGAGUCAGCAAGGGUUGAGAUUUCUGUUUUGCUCAAUGAGCUGGCUUACAUAAAAUAUGAAGCAGUUUCAUCAAAGUCCGAGGCCUUCCCUUUGAAGAAACGUAAUUUAGCUGUUGUGUUUUCUUUGGUCGAAAAUAUCAUCAAACUCAUCUCAAGUCUCUGUGAAGAUGAAGGGAAUAUUAUUAGUGAAGACACAUUCACAAAGAUCAUUUGUGGGCUUAAUGAGACAGUUGAAGUAGUCCUUGAAUAUCUGAAGGAUGCGAAGGAUCAUGGACAAAAGAAGGGAGAUGAUCUUCUUGCUUCUGUACGCCUUGUUGGAAGUUACCUGGCCGAGACGCCCCUUGCAAGCAAAGAGAAGGUCAAGGAGCUUUUAGAAUAUUUGCUUUCAGUUAAAGGUGAAAACGAGUUAAGUCCUUUUCUAUCGAGAAGCUUCUUGCUUCCCAUGAUCUGCCAGGCAACAAUGACAAUUGAAGGAGUCCAAGUGCUGGCUUCCUCUGGAGCUUACAAAGCUGUUAUGGAGUUUCUUGUACAACUAGUGAGUAAAGAUUCUCAUCUCAGUGAGGAUAAUGACUCUGUAUUGUUAGCAUGUGAUACAGUAAUGAACUUCUUUUUGAAGAGGGAGCACAUAAAAACUCAGCUGGAUGAAGCUGUGUUUGUCCAUGUCUUGAAGUCACUGGCCUAUUGGACAGAGGGAACAAGCGACUCAACGAACGUCAUGAUGGCGUCAAGCAUUUGUUCACUUAUUUUUGACAACACAUCACAAAAGGACCUGCUGAGAUAUCCAGAGAUUGAUAUAAGCAUUUUACAUAAAUUGUCUCAGCUCAUUGCAAGAAGCCUGGUUAUAUGUGCACAGGAAACUUGCAACAAUGAGAAUUCAGAUGUGGAUCUUCAUCAGAUAAUAGCUGCAGGUUAUUUCCGGUGGGCCGAUCGAUUUUCCAUUGUUAGAGAAGUGGUUGGGAAGUGAUUUGGUGACAAUCAAUUUAUCUUCAGCUUGCAAACUUGUAGGAGUUUUAGUUGUUAGAUAAGGAAAGUAUUGUAAAUGAUGCACAUUGUGUGUUCCUUAGGAAAGUUGACGUAGGAGCUUCAAUUUUGUCCAAAUUUAGUUGUUGCUUCAUAUGUUGUAAAAAUAGAAGAAAGGUGGUAUAUAUUACUUUUUUUUCCCUUCUGUAUAUCAAUCAUGAACGGUCAAACUCACACAAUUUGUCACUAUUGGUAAUUCCAUAACUAGCUGAUGAGCUCUUUGUA